AUGUCAAGACAGGAAAAAGAACAAUAUGAUUAUUUGUUUAAGUUCAUAGUAAUUGGAGAUGCGGGAGCAGGAAAAUCAUGUUUACUUCACCAGUUUAUAGAGAAUAAAUUCAAAAAAGGAUCAUCACAUACUAUUGGAGUUGAAUUUGGGUCAAAGAUUAUUACAGCCGGAGGAAAAAGAAUCAAACUUCAGAUCUGGGAUACCGCAGGACAAGAAAGAUACCGUUCAGUUACAAGAUCUUAUUACAGAGGAGCCGCUGGAGCCCUAAUUGUUUACGACAUAACAAACAGAGAAUCAUAUAACCAUCUAGUCAAUUGGCUUGCUGAUGCAAGAACAUUAGCUAGAGUGGACAUAUCCAUUAUUGGAGUUGGAAAUAAGCUAGAUCUUAAAGAUAAGAGACAAGUCACAUUUCUAGAAGCAAGCAGAUGUGCUCAAGAGAAUGAUAUACUUUUCCUUGAAACCAGUGCAUUAACUGGAGAAGGAGUAGAAGAAGUUUUUGUCAAAGUGACAAGACUCAUUCUAAGUAAGAUCGAAGAUGGAACAAUUGAUCCAAGUACCAUGACUUCUUCUGGGGUUCAGGCUCCAUCUAGAGCUCAACUUUCUUCAUCAAGCAAAGAUGAUGAAAAUAACCGUUCUGGGAGGUGUUGUUAG